AUGUCCAAACGAGCACGACGCGACUACGGUUUCCGCAGCCCGAAAACUCCCAUCAAAGUCGAGAGAUUGUCGUCCCCGCCAGACCAGCUGCACCAGCGCCAUCGCGAAUCCCCACACAAUCGACCUGAGGGGGGUGCAGAUGCCUUCGAGCGAGACUUCGAGACUCAGGAUAGCUUCGCCCAGUCGCUCUCACCAGGUUUCUGGACUAACAGAUGUGCAGCAAGUCCGGUCUCGCAAAACAGCCUUGCUGAAUCAACCACCGUUGGUGUUCAGUCCCCACGGCAGAAGUCAGUCUCGCAAUCUGUCGGCGUCAACGUUGAAACCCAAUCUCAAUACCCGUGGUGGCACCCUACCUACCAAACCUCUCCCAGCACAGCUAGCGGUCCGGCACUGUCUGCCAGUUCUCCGAGGCCUCGAGACACCGACAUCAGGACCUGGUGCCCAUUCUGUGUCCCAUCUCGCCAACGAAUCAUUGCCAGCUUGACGGAGGACCCCACUGCCUCGUGCUGCAGGGACCAUUACAGCCAGAUGAGCUUCCAGGUACAAAUGUCAUUGCUCCAGCUCGACACUAGGAUCAAGGCCGCCGACGCUCACAAGGCAGCACUUCUUGCCGAGCGAGACACUUACUACGCCCUCCUUGGACAUCCUCGCGACUGA